AUGCCCACUGAUGAGAACCUCCGUGCUAGAGGUUGUGCUAUUGUUUCUAUUUGCAAUUUAUCUAUGCUAACUGAUGAAACUUCUGUGCAUUUGUUCCUCCUUUGUCCCUUUGCGGUUGAGCUUUGGUCUUGGAUUGGGGGUAAGUUAAAUUGUGUGAUUGAUCUCACUACUGUGGCUGCCCUCUCGGAUUGUGUUCCGGUUAGGUGCUCCACGCAGGUCGCUGACAUCUUUGUGGCGGCAAUCGUUCAUACUUUACAUAUUAUUUGGUUGUCGCGAAAUUCUCUACGCUUCUCAUCGAAUGUUGUAUCUAUUCAUGCUGCCAAGGUUAGAUUACAGGCUGCCGUGUCUCUAAGCGGUAACCUGUCUGCUGGUCAAUGUUUAUUAUUGGAUGCUCCAAUUCUUGAUGCUUUCGCUGUUUCUCCUCAUCAUCGACGCGUCAUGGACAUCAUUACAGUUUCUUGGAAAGCUCCCUCUCCUCCGUGGAAGAAGGUGAAUACGGAUGGCUCGGUUGUUAAUAAUCGGGCUGCUUGUGGUGGUAUCUUCCGUGAUCAUUUAGGUACUUUCCUCGGUGCAUUUUCUUGUAAUCUGGGUCAUGCCUCAGUUUUUUCUUCCGAGGUUCAGGGGAUCAUCUUUGCCCUGGAAUUUGCGGCUCUCCAUGGUUGGACCAAUCUCUGGUUGGAAUGCGAUUCUACAAGUGCCAUUGUGGUCUUCAAGUCUCCCUCGUUGGUUCCUAUUAUGCUUCGCAAUCGUUGGCACAAUGCUCUUCGCCUAGGAGUUUGGGUUAUUUCAUCCCACAUAUAUCGUGAAGGUAGUGUUUGUGCUGACAGGUUAGCAAACCUUGGUCAUUCCAUCACCAGUGCGGUUUGGCAUUCUACUCUACCACCGGAUUUAGGCUUUGAUUAUUUUCGUGAUAGAUGUGGACUUCCUAAUUACAGAUUUCCUUAG